GAAUCUGUUGACCAACAGACGAUCAAUGUCUCAAAGGUCGAGCUUCUGACUCGUCGCUCUGCGGGACACUGACCUGACUCACAACACAACGUCAACUGCUCAGUCUCGUCAGUUCCAGAAUGAGGGCUGCUGAUUGGUUGUUGGUUCUGGCGUUCCUGCCGCUCAUCUCUCUCGCCGACCGUCUGGACAUCUGCAGCGCCAAACCCAGAGACCUCGCUCUGGAGCCACGCUGCAUCUACCGCAGCCCCGAGCCCGAGGGCCCGACCCCCGAGGGCGAGGGCCCGACCCCGGAGCCCGUCCCCGAGUCCACCAACCCCCGAGUGUGGGAGCUGUCGAAGGCCAACAGCCGUUUCGCUCUGUCGCUGUACAAACAACUGGCACUCAGCAAGACCCCCGAGUCCAACAUCUUCCUGUCGCCCAUCAGCGUCUCCACCGCCUUCGCCAUGACAAAACUGGGAGCCUGCGGCGAGACGCUGGAGCAGAUCAUGAAGGUGUUUGAGUUCGACACCAUCAAGGAGAAGACGUCAGACCAGGUCCACUUCUUCUUCGCCAAACUGAACUGUCGUCUGUUCAGGAAGAAGGACGAGACCACGGAGCUGAUCUCCGCCAACAGACUGUUCGGAGAAAAGUCUCUGGUCUUCAACGAGACGUAUCAGAACAUCAGUGAGACGGUGUACGGAGCCAAGCUGCUUCCUCUCAACUUCAAGGGGAACCCGGAGGGGGCCCGGGACGCCAUCAACAGCUGGAUCUCCAACAAGACGGAGAACCGCAUCCAGGACACGCUGCCACAGGGAGCGCUGGACUCAAGCACCAUCCUGGUCCUGGUCAACACCAUCUACUUCAAGGGUCAGUGGAAGAACAAGUUUGACACAGAAAACGUCUACGUGUCAGAUUUCCACGUGAGUGCGACUCGCAGCUGCUCCGUGGACAUGAUGUUCCAGGAGGCCGCGUUCCGGUACCGACACUUCCCCGACGACCACGUGCAGCUGCUGGAGAUGCCGUACAGCGGAGACGACAUCACCAUGGUGAUCGUCCUGCCGAGCAGGGACACCACGCUCAGUCAGGUGGAGGAGAGUCUGGACCUGAACAAACUGAACCACUGGUUGAGUGAGAUGGAGGAAACCAGCGUCUCCAUCCAUGUCCCUCGCUUCAGGGUGGAGAACAGCUUCGCCCUGAAGGAGGCGCUGCAGGCCAUGGGACUGACCCACCUGUUCAGCUCAGAGAAGGCAAGUCUGCCAGGGAUCCUGGAGGAUGGCAGCGAUACUCUCUACAUCUCAGACGCCUUCCACAAAGCUUUCCUGGAGGUCAACGAGGAGGGCAGCGAGGCGGCGGCGGCCACAGCCGUGGUGGCGGUCGGACGCUCCUUCAACCUGAACCGACACGUCCUUGUGGCCGACCGACCGUUUCUGCUACUCAUCAGAGAGUCGACCAUCAACACACUGCUGUUCGCCGGCCGGGUGGCCGACGCCUGCGUCCAGUAGAACCUGAAUCAUCAGUCUGAACCAAAUCAAUGCUUCUCUGUGAAUAAUGUAACGAGGUAUAGAAACAUGGUGAACAGAACCGACACAUUCUACAGCUCAGAUGAGUUCUGGUCCCUUUGGACGACCAGAACAUCAACAUCAUGAGUGUAAAUAUAUUUUGUCUCUUUAGCAGAAUAAAUACAUGACGUGUCAGUUUGUGGUGUGUGGGAACUUCACCAUCUGAUUCUAACCUGCAACUUCCAUUACUGUUAGAUAAUUAGUUAUAUAUAUAUAUACACAUACACACACACACACAUAUAUAUAUAUAUAUAUAUAUAUAUAUAUAUAUAUACACACACACUACAUCUCCAUUAUCUGUAGUUAACAUUGUAAGUCAUUUAGUUCAACUUCUAUCUAUUGUGGCUACAGAUGCUCGAUUACUGAGCGAUAUGAUAACAUAACGUUCUACAUGAUAUUUCUGUGAUGUUGAAGAAAGAAGCAAGUCGCUGCAGUUUGACACGUAAAGUGCUUUAUUUCCUCUGGAGGAUGCGACCUCUGACCUCUGACCUCUGACCUGCGACCUGUGCCUAGUGGUCAUAGUGAAAGGAGCUUCUUCACAUUUUUCUACCCUAUAAUAAUCGACCUUUCCCCCCCACCCACUGACAGAGACAUGCAACAUAAAAGAUUUCCACAUAGAAACGUUUCGGUUGUCGACGACACGUGUUCUGUACCUGCUCUUAGAAAAUGUACAGUAUUAAAAGUUAAUUUACUAAAA